AUGCACUUCUCCGCCCCCCUGACCGCCCUCUUCCUCGCCAUGACCGUCCAGGCUGGCGUAGCUCAGUCUGAAGGGCCUGUCGCUCUCGCGGAACGGUCCGACGAUGUGGACACCCUCGAAGCCGCGGUGGAGAAGAGAGAGGGCAUCUCUCUUGAGAAGAAGGCUUGCAAGUAUAACGGAUGCAAGUGCAACAGCCGCGGUAAGCAGCUCACUGUCUGCGGCAACUGCUACUGGGCAAACACCGGUACUUGGGUCGUGACCGCCAAGCGCGUCAACAACCAUAUUUACGAGUGUUCGCCAUCUGGAAAUUGCUGCGAUUACGGAGUUGGCUCAGACUGUGGCAAGGCUGGUGCCAGAUGCAUCAAGAACUAA